UCAAACCCGCACCAAGUAAACCCCGAAUCCAAUUUCCAAAACCCCCCUCUAUAUCCUCAUCUUUUUCCCAUACCCAAAAAGCACAUUCCACUCAGAGAGAGAACAGAAACGCACAUACUCUACAGAGAGAGAGAGAGAGAGAGAGAGAGAAUGUCAAUAACAGCAACCACAAGAAAAUCCAAAUGGCACCCAACACCACCGCCGCCACCCAGUCCCAAGAUCCUCAACUUACCACGGCGGACUCGCCGGAAACAGCCCAGAAAGGCAGCCGGAAAGACGACCGGUGGCGCCGGAAGGCUGGACUCACUGUUCGAACAAGAGAGGGCGUUUUCGAGGACUGUUCCCGUGGUUUUGUUGAACUCGGGCGGUGGUGGUGAGAGGAGAGAGAGAGUUGAGGAGCGAGAAGAGGGCGGGGGAGGUGGUGGGGUGAAGGAGGGGGAGGAGAAGUGGAGGUUUCAGGCGGAGAUGUUGAGGGCGGAGUGCAAUUUCUUGAGGGUAGAGAGAGAGUUUGCGUUGAAGAAGUUGGAGAGGAAUAGAGUGAAGAUGGAGAGGACGCUGCGGUCUGCUGUGAUGACCCUGGUUUCUGGACGGAAGAAAAUCUACGAAGGAAAGAAUGCAGAUGUGGUAAUAGAGGAAGAGAUUGAGGAUUUAGUGGAGAAACUAGAGGAGCUGCAGAGGAGCUCAGGAAUCAAAGAUUUUGAGGUCCAACAGAGUAGUAAUUUUGACAAAAAAGCAUCACUUUUGCAGCGACGGCUAGAGAAGCUCGGAGGGUUAUCGGAUGGGAAACGAGUGAAGGAGAUCAGAGAGAUGGCUGAAUCUAGCUUUUCAAUCAAUACGAAAGGGGAAAAUAGUGACAACAAAAGCGAUAAUAGAUUCACAGAUGUGGAGGCUCUGAAAAGGAAAAUGGAGGGACUGUCAAAGGGGAUGUUACAUAGAAUGGAGGAGGAAUACCGGUCGAUGCUUCAAAGUACAGCCAACAAUUCUGCAACCAGUUCUGCUUCCAACUCCAAGCGAAUUGAAUUUCCUGAUUCUUCUUCUUUCUCUAUACGAAGAACCAAUGAGGAACCAACUUCGAAUGAGGAGAAAAGUUGCUCGGGAAAUUGCAAGUCUAUGGUGAGGAGGAUUGUGGAGCAAGUGCGAGCGGAGACAGAGCAGUGGUCACAGAUGCAAGAGAUGUUGGGGCAAGUGAGGGAGGAGAUGGAAGAACUGCAGGCUUCUCGCGAUUUUUGGGAAGAUCGUGCUCUUGAUUGUGAUUGUGAAAUCCAAUCAUUGCGUUCUAAAGUACGACAAUGGAAACAAAAAGCUCUCACAUUCGAAACCAGGGCCAACAACCUAGAAACAGAAUUAUAUUUGCUUAGAGGUGAGCUUGAGAAGUUCAGGUCGAAGGAGAAAAUCGAGGAAGUGACGAAGACGAUGGAUUAUCCGCCACUUUCCUUGGGUGCUCAAAUCGCACAGGAAAAGGAAAAGCGUGUUUUAAUUUGUCGAUUGAAGGAAAACCAUCGUCCUAGCAACAAAGGGAGCAAGCAGGAGAUCUUAACUGGUGGAAGAAGAAAAGUACACACAAGCAGCAACGGAGAUUUGGUUCCGAAACGCUCACCGUUUCAAGAAAUAGGGAAUUCAUCACCAAAGCUGAGGCAAAAGAGCAUGGCAAUAUUCCCUUUGCAUUUUGCUGAGCCUUUCGAGACGCACAAAAGUUUUUGAUGCGAGUUAGUAUUGGCUAAUGCAAGCUUGGUGGGAAAUUAGAUUUCAUAUCUGGUAAUGUAAGCUUGUGCAGAGUUUGCAACAGAUUGAAAAUGGAAAUUUUACAAGUUCUCUGCUUUUGGAAGUUUUAUUCGCACAUUGUUUCGUUAAUCAGCAGGGAAAAGAGAGCAAGUGCACAACUAGUCUCAA